AUGUCAAGCCUUUGUGCCUCCACCGCUGUAUGUAAAACCCAUCCAUUGCGUGGCUCAGUCUCCUUGUAUGAUAAAAGCGAACAGACGAUUAAAAAGGGCUUCUAUAUCUCAAUCUUUAGUUCUCCUCCCGUCACCUAUGCCUCAUCUUCUCCCAGGAAUAUCACCUUUUCUGAACCAGAAGAAUCCGAUCAACUGUUCAGCGACAAUUCGCAAGAUGACGAAUCCUUCAGGGCUGAUACUCAUAAUACGGAUACCUUAUUAAACGCAAUGUUUACUGUGGUGAAGACUCGAAAUGGCAGUGUGUUGACUAGAAAUACCAUUCUCAAGAUGGAUCAUUUUUCAAGCGCUACCAAUACCAACCUUGACUUCCAUCUUCAGGGCGCUCCCAAUUUUAGAAAAGCGGAGCUCAAUGUCUACGGUGUUGCACAGCCGACGAGUAUCGGUUUAUCAACCAUUCUCGCCAUCAUGAAUUGUCACCCCAAAAGUGUAAAGUCGGCUUCAUGCACAUGGUUUUCCACCCGUGAAGAGCCGCUCAUUUACUUGAAUGGUUGUCCUUAUGUCCUGCGUGACGAUGCCAAUCCUUCACAAACAAUGAGUACCUUUCUGGGUAUAAAUGCUGCACGUCUGGAAAAAGUCGAAGAGAGACUCAAGCACGAUGUUCUCAAUGAAUCCAAAAAGAUGGACGGACUACUAUUAGUCCACGAUGAACUCCCGGAUGGUACAAUUGUCCCUUGCUAUAUUGCCGCCGAUGAAGUACAAACUCCCAAAGAAGUAUUUCAGGCGUUUCAAGAAAAGGGAUAUCGUCUAAAGUAUUUCCGUAUUCCUAUUUCUCCUGAACAAGCACCGGAAGACAAUUAUUUUGAUGAAUACGUCAAUAUCAUCAAGAGCCUCGAACCAACCGACCCACUUAUCUUUAACUGCGGCAUGGGUGUCGUACGAACAACGGUUGGCAUCAUUAUUGCCCAAAUCUUGAGACGUACGCAGCUGAUUGCGCGCGGAUUACCGGACCCUUUUCCUAUUGCGGGAUGGAAAUAUCCUUCGUCAAAAUCGUCCGAGAUUGUUCGCGGACUGGAGGAAGCAGGCAAAAAUCGUACUUUGCUACGUCUCGUUUAUGUCCUCGAAAAAGCUCUGGGAUCAAAAAUGGCACCUCAUUCAGCGAUAGAGUGGGCUCUUGAUAGAGGCGAAGUGGUCGAAAGCCUGAAAGAAGCUAUUACGGGCAACUACCAAUCGAUUGUGUCUCUUACCUCCGUGCUUGAUAGCGGUGCUUUUAGCAAGCGCAUGCUCGAUGAAAUUAUCGAUCGAUCCGACACGGUCAUCAACUUGCGCGAAAGUAUUUUAACCAAUCGAAUCCGUCAAACCACUUCCAACGACUUGAACGACAUGUUUUUGGAAAAGGCAUCGGGUGAUUUGCAACGGUACUUCUUUUUACUGUGCUUCACUGCCUACAUCAAUGAAUCAGCCGACACGCGGUUCAAAAUUCGGUUUUCGUCUUGGGUCAAGACACGAACAGAGACAUGGACCAUGCUACAAAAUAUGAGACGAAAGGGUCCAAGACUUUAUUACUUCCGACCCGUCGAAGACUUGUCGAGCUUGAUCCAUCAUAAAAAUAGCCGAAAUAUUAAUCGAUCGAUUGCUGUUCAGAAGCGCACCCUGUCGACCUACCAAGACAGUGUUUCUCAUCCUGUCGCCAACGAAACGCAUGACUUGAUUGUCAAGACACGAGGUGGCGUAGCUCUUCGAUCACAAACCAUCCUAAAGGUCGAUUUUUGGCAUCACAACUACCUUUGCGAUGAACGAGAUCCUUCGCAAGGUAAGCGAGCUUUGGUGCACGCUUCGCCUUACUACACACCUGGUAUGACCCCGUCGGGGAACCCGCAACCUAAUACCUAUGCUAUCGAGGGAGCUUCCAAUUUCCGACGUAUCCAAAACACCCACGUCUAUGGCGUUGCUCAGCCAACCAUUGAAGGACUGCGCCAGGUCAUCCGCCGUCUUUUAACCGACCGACCUCGCAACGACAAAGUCUUAUGGAUUAACCUGAGAGAAGAACCGGUCAUUUACAUCAAUGGCAUUCCCUAUGUACUUCGCGAUCAGUAUUAUGCUUUCCGAAAUAUUCGUGCUUACAAGGGCAUCACUGGCGCGCGCUUGGAGCAGCUGGAAGAUCGACUAAAAGAAGACGUCAUUCGAGAAGUAUUGAAUUACGAUGGCCGCAUCUUGUUGCACAACGAAAACGGUGAAGGCCACAUGUGUGCUCGCUGGGAAAAGGUGGACGUCGAAAACGUUGUUACCAUGCGUGACGUGAUGAAUCGCGUCGGUUCUGAACUGGCCGAAGAACUGGCUGAAGACGAUGCAUCCGAGGCCGUUUUGGUCGACUAUCAUCGCGUGCCCAUCACGGCCGAGAAAGUGCCGGAAUGGCGUAGCCUGGACGUGCUCCGAGAUCUUAUCACCAAGGUGGACCUUUCCAAGACAGCCAUCAUCUUAAACUGUCAAGUAGGCUAUGGUCGAUCCACAACAGGUACUGCCAUUGCUACUUUACUGACCCGCUGGUUGCGACCCAACACGCUCGGUAACCCUCAGGAGGGAGUCAUGAAAUCGCAACGGUUGAACUAUCAGAUCAUCAACAGUUUGUUGCGUGUCAUCCAUCGUGGUUUAGAGAACAAGCUUAUCGUGGAUUACACCCUUGACCAGUGUGCUUAUACUGUCAACCUGCGUGAUAUCAUUGAAGCCGCUCAUCUGCAAGCAGAAAACGAAGUGCAUGAUCAAGACAACCGUAAACGCAUUAUCAAACGGGGCAUCGUGGCGUUGGAACGCUAUUUCCUCCUCAUCUGCUUCCAGGCAUAUCUCGACAGUAUGGCACCUGGCGAAACCGAAAUGGCGGAAACGUUUGAACAAUGGAUGAAUCGCCACGCUGAACUCGGUUCUAUUUUGUGCGAACUACGAUCGGAAGAAAUGGAGCUCAUUGUAGCGGUAGAAAAAUCGUUGGAGGGUGACGGGGUGGCUCUUUCGAGUGAAGUGAUGCGGGUCGUCAAUGCUCGUUGCGGGCAGGUGCUUGCACAGCAAACGAUUCUCAAACACGACGCUUUUCCCGGUUGCCAGAAUACCAAUCUCACGGAAAAUAUUCCAGGUGUAUACAACUAUCGCCGCAUUGAAGUCCAAGAAAUCAAGAACUGUAUCAAGAACGGAGGAUUAACCGCCCAGCUAAGUGGCCUUUUGGCUGACAAGCAGAGAAACGCCAAUGAUGACCGUGUGGCUCCGUUUAUCUGUGGAUGUGCCAUGCCGAGCAAAGACGCCGUUCGAGCUGUACUGAAUGCCAUGGAUGCAGGACCCGGUGGCAAACGUCGUGUUCAAUGGACUUGCUUGAGAGAAGAACCGGUUCUAUACGUGAACAAACGACCUUACGUACUUCGUUUGUUUUCCGAUCCCAUCAAGAAUCUGGAAACAACAGGUAUCGCUCGAGAACGUGUGGAAGAUAUGGAAGAACGUAUGCGAAGAGACGCUCUUGAGGAAAUCAAGUGUUACGAUGGACGAAUGUUGUUACACGAUGAAGAAUUAACGAAUGACGGAUACGUUCUUGUGCCUGUGUGGGAAACUGUACCCAGCGAAUGUGUGGAAACACCAAGCCAAGUUUUCCAAUCUAUUGUUGAUGAAGGAUACCAGGUGGAUUAUUUACGUGUACCAAUUACCGAUGAACAAGCUCCGAUCCCGGAUGUGUUUGAUCAGCUCAUUCGUAGAAUGCAAGAAGCCAACGCGGGCGUUGAUGUCUUGUUCAACUGUCAAAUGGGCCGCGGACGCACCAGUACGGGUAUGGUGAUGGCCUGCUUGAUGUCCAUGAUUCUGAACAAUGAAGCCGUUUCCAGAAUGAAAGAAUCCUUCACUGUAGAGUCAUUGGAUCUGACCGAGAAAGAGUCCAGCCAGCUGGAUGAAAAGGAUCGUUAUUUGAGAGGCGAUUACCGGGUAGUCCUGCAAUUGGUGAGCGUUCUGACGUAUGGCAAACUGGCUAAACGUCUCACGGAUCAAGCCAUCGAUAUGUGCGACCAUAUGCAGAAUUUGCGGAAAGCCAUCUACGAGUACAAGCUCCGCCUGGAAGCUAUCCCAGAUCAAAACUCCAAGCAGUGGGGCGCCAUGCGCAAGGUCGCUCUCAGUUACCUUGUGCGUUAUUUCUAUCUCAUUGUGUUUGCUAAUUAUCUAUUGGAGGAGAUGGGUCACACAGACACGAUGUCUCGUUCUGAUUCAUCCGUGUCAGAUUCAAUUUCUUCAAAUGCUCAACCACGAGAUAAUGCGAUUGGGGAUCAACAAGCCAGCAAGAUGCCAACAUUCAGGGUGUGGCUCAAGGGUCGUCGAGAAAUUACCAAUAUUGUCAAGUUGCAAACAUUGUAUCUUUGUUAGAUGCAGUGUAAAAAUAAAAAAUAAAAAAGCUUAUCGUGUUUUCCC